AGGGGCGUGCAGCUCGCUUGCCAAUCAGAGUGCGGCUGAGCUGCCGGACAGCCAACCCCGGAGGAGCGGCCGGCUGGCGGCCGCCGCACCAAGGAGUUGGGAUGUCCUACAAACCUAUCGCGCCCGCCCCCAGCAGUACCCCGGGCUCCAGCACCCCCGGACCAGGCACCCCGGUCCCUACAGCCGGAAGUGUCCCAUCGCCAUCGGGCUCAGUGCCAGGAGCUGCAGCACCUUUCAGACCACUGUUUAAUGACUUUGGCCCGCCCUCCAUGGGGUAUGUACAGGCAAUGAAGCCACCCGGUUCCCAGGGCUCUCAGAGCACCUACACGGACCUGCUGUCUGUCAUAGAGGAGAUGGGCAAAGAGAUCCGGCCCACCUAUGCCGGUAGCAAGAGUGCCAUGGAGCGCCUGAAGAGAGGCAUCAUCCACGCUCGGGCACUAGUCAGAGAGUGCUUGGCAGAGACAGAACGAAAUGCCCGCACGUAACAGGAAGCACCUUGACCUCUUCGUCGGGACCUUUCCGGCCACUGCAGGGCACCUGCUUCUCCCUGGCCUUCGCCCCAAGUUGCUUCCUAUACUGGGUUUCCUGUCCUGUGUCCCUUGGUAGGCGCCCUCCAGGAACCAGGUAGCAGAUCUUCGUCCAGUUGGCUGUACAAACUGGUCUCCUCCCUCUGCAGGAGUGCCGAGAGGCCACUGUGAGUCCCUUCCACGACCUGCUCACAGUGCUGAUCUAACUGGAGCUUGCUCCUCUCUGUGGCCCCACCACACGGCACUUACUCCUUAACUCUCCGUCCAGGUAGCCUCCUCCCUCUCCAGCAGGAGUGCAGAAGGCCUCCCUGCCUCAUCUCUGGGGCCACAGCCGACUCUUUUUUUGGUGUGUCUUUUACUAAAUAUGCUCUUUUUGUAUAAAUAAAAGAUGAUUUGGAGUCAUUCUCUCAA